AUGGCGACAUGGAAUUUGGAGUAAUUGACAUCAAUUGAUGCACAAUUAAGGGCAUUGGUUCCUUGCAAAGUUUCUGAGGAUGAUAAGCUGCUUGAGUAUGAUGCUUUGCUUUUGGAUCGGUUUCUUGAUAUUCUUUAG